UGAUCCUCCAAGAUUCUACAGAGACCCAGACUGUGACCAACGACCAUGCUGUCUGUGGCCGUGCUCCUGCUGCUCCCCCUGGUGGCUGUGCGGGCGGAUUAUCCCAACCCCAACAUGACCUUUGUGCCCGAAGGCGACCUGAACUCGACCUCCGUGCCGUCCGAGGCCGUGGAGGCGUUCUGUGAGGUCCUGCUCCAGUCGCCACUGCCCCCCGACCAGAUCCCCUGGUACUGCAUCUGCUCCCACUGCAAAGGCACCAAGGGCCCCAAGGGAGACCGGGGCGACCGCGGCCUGACAGGUCCACCUGGCAGUUCUGGCCCCAGAGGUGUCCAAGGUUCCCGAGGGCCCCAGGGGUUUGUGGGAAGCCCCGGGAUCAAAGGACAAAAAGGUGACGAUGGCAUUAAGGGAGCCCUUGGCCCGCAGGGGGCGCCAGGACCCAAAGGAGCCGGAGGCUUCAAAGGAGAAAAGGGUGACCCCGGGCUCGAGGGCCCUCCUGGGGACCAGGGGCCUAAAGGAGACGACGGCAUGUGUCCAGACGCCUGUGAUGCCAGCCAGGGGCCCCCCGGCCCCCCCGGGCCCGCCGGGCCCGCCGGCCUGAGGGGGAUCGCGGGCGCAGAGGGGUCUAAGGGCCAGAAAGGAGCCAAGGGCGAGAGCGGCGAGUCGGGCGUUCCCGGCACAGACGGCACCCCUGGAGUGAAGGGGGACCUGGGGCCCAAAGGAGACUGCGACUGCGUGGACGGGGUCGACGGGGCCCCCGGGAACAAGGGGGACCAGGGGCCCAAAGGAGAGAAGGGAGAGGCGGGGCUCGUGGGGGACCAGGGCGUGUCCGGAGAGAAGGGCGACAUGGGCGCGAUGGGCAUGCCGGGGGCCCCGGGCCCCUGCAUGCCCACGGUGAAAUCUGCGUUCUCCGCCGGCCUCACCGCCAGCUUCCCGCCCCCGGGCCUGCCCGUGGCCUUUUCCAAAGUCUUCUACAACGUCCAGAACAGUUACAUCCCCUCCAUGGGCGUCUACGUGGCGCCCAUCAACGGCACGUACGUGUUCACCUUCACCCUGACCGUGUCCGAGCGCGUCCUCAAGGUGGGGCUGUUCCAUAACUUCGAUACCGUGUUGAAGACCACGGACACGUCGGCCCUGGGGUCCGUGAGCCAGACCGUGGUGCUGCACAUGACGGAGGGCGACGCCGUCUGGCUCCAGGUCAAAGACGUCUCCACCAACGGCAUGUACGCCGGACCAGAAGUGUCCUCCAUGUUCUCCGGGUACCUGCUGUACCCCGACAAGUGCCAGGGGGACCUCCUGGACAUGGGCAUAGGCAUGGGACGCGAAAACGGAGAUUACGGCAUGCGGCCCACAGCCCCGCCCCCCACCUUCACGCCCACACGCCAAUUCACCUGGAACGACGACGACGACUAAGCCUUAGCCUCAGCGUUAGCGUUAGCAUUAGCCAAACUGACCAGUUUUAGACCUUAGAUCCAAAGCUAAAUUAUUGUAGUCGUUUAGUUUGCACUUUUAUUUGUGAUUUAUUUUUCACUUUAGAUCAAAUGUUUUUAUGAAGCGUCGCCCCCUGGUGUCCACAGCGCGUCGUCACAGAAC